AUGAUUUCUAAACUAUCUGAUAAGAGCCAAUAUACAUUUAAGACAGCCCAUGCUAUAGUAACAUAUAUAGAAAUAGUUGAUAAACCAAUUACAACAAAAGAUGUACUUAAUGAUGAAGAGAUUAUUGCAAUAGUUCAAGCUAAAGAAAAUAAGGAGCCAAUUAGUAAAGACAAAAAUGAGGAUGGAGUGCUCAAUCUACCUGUAUCUGCUGCUGAAGUAUGCAAUAUGAUGCAAAUCUUUAUUCAUUAUGAAGAACAAGAAAAUGCAGAUUUAUAUUUACAUGAUCCAUAUCCUCAAAAAUCAUAUUUCCAAGACUAUUUCCAAGACUAUUCCCAAGACUAUUCCUGA